AUGCGCAAAAGGCAGCAGUCACAAAAUGAAGGAACACCUGCUGUGUCUCAAGCUCCCGGAAACCAGAGGCCCAACAAUACGUGUUGUUUCUGCUGGUGCUGUUGUUGCAGCUGCUCCUGCCUCACCGUCCGGAAUGAAGACAGAGGGGACAGUGCAGGGAGACCCACACACACCACAAAAAUGGAAAGCAUCCAGGUCCUAGAAGAAUGCCAAAACCCGACCGCGGAUGAGGUCUUGUCCUGGUCUCAGAAUUUUGACAAGAUGAUGAAGGCCCCAGCAGGGAGAAACCUCUUCAGAGAGUUCCUCCGAACAGAAUACAGUGAAGAAAAUCUACUUUUCUGGCUUGCCUGCGAAGACUUGAAGAAGGAACAGAAUAAAAAGGUGAUAGAAGAAAAAGCCAGGAUGAUAUAUGAAGAUUAUAUCUCCAUAUUGUCACCGAAAGAGGUCAGUCUCGAUUCUCGAGUUAGAGAGGUGAUCAAUAGAAAUCUGUUGGAUCCCAGUCCUCACAUGUAUGAAGAUGCCCAACUUCAGAUUUAUACCUUAAUGCACAGAGAUUCCUUCCCAAGGUUCUUGAACUCUCAGAUUUACAAGUCAUAUGUUGAAAGUACUGCCGGCUCUUCUUCUGAAUCUUAA